CUUUUUUACUGCAGUGUCUCCAAGAAAGCAUAAUACAGGUCAAUGAAGCACUUCCUGAUUUUGCGAAGUGGUCGUUGUCCUGAGAACAACGUUUUGUAUGAUAGCCCUGGAACAACAACUGCCUCAGCCAAUCAACGUUUGUGAUGUCAUCGAAGAGAGACCUGCUGCUCACAUCCUGCAAAAUACUGUAUAUACAAAACAGCUGUGUACAGAGGCGCAAAUUACAAGAUGAGACCCAACCUGAAAGUUUUAUUUUGGUUUACACCACUCUGGUACUACAGACAUUAAAAUAUAUGCUUUUAAGAUUAACUGGUAAUAUUUUGCCACUAUGGAAACAGCUAGUCCACUAACUCUGGCAGCCAGAAACAAACAUCCAUGACUCACUGUCCCUUUGACAAUACAAACAAAGAACAUAUUUUCUUGUAGUGGCAUUUCUAAAAUGAGCAGGGAUGAACCUUAACAUAACUGUAUUCUGUUAUGAUUAAGGAGUUAAUACUAAGCAGCUAGCUUUCUGGCGGGCUAACUGUUAGCCAAGCUGCAACCUACAGGGCGGACAGGUGAAGCCAAUGUGAAGUGCUAAAAACAGCAAUUCAUCGACAGGCCACAGCUAAAAUAAACAUGUUUACAGCCUGGUUCAAAAAACAGUUUUGGUCUCUAUGGCUUAUUUCAUCAUUCAUGACAACUGUACGGUGGGGGCUGAUUUUGUUUUUAUAACAAUCCUGUUUAAAUGUUGUUAAGGCUUUAAGUUCUGCAUAAUUAAAGGCGUGGCCACUUUGACCGAGGCAGUUGUUGUCCAAGGGCUAUCGUACAAAAUGUUGUUCUCAGGACAACAACCCCUUGGCAAAAUUAUUCCUAUUUUUGAUGGUCAUUUUAAUUCUCAAGCAUACAGUAUAUCAGUCUGUUUUUAAUAUGAGGUGUUCUGAGAGGAUUAUGUGCUAUAGAUUUUUAAUAGAACAGAUAAUAUUCACCCCUCUGGUAGGUUAACAUGAAGACGUCUUUCAGCAACAUACUUAGGUGUAUGUAUAUGUAUAUACUCAAACCCAUGGUUUAAGUAUGUGGUUACAUCUUACUAUCACAUGCGAAAUCAGUGCCACAACUAAACCCGCAAUAGGCAAAAAUUGCCCAUUGCUUCUGUAAGAAUUAAGUGCAACACACACUGCCGCCGGCGCGGCGCUGUGGCCGUCAAGUGUUGCCCCCCAACACACAUUGGCAGCGGUGUGCAGCGGCACCGUCGACGCUAAAGUGUAUUAAAGAUUAUAGUUCCACUGACUGAGUGUAUGAAAUUUGUUCUCCACAUUUGACCCAUCCCCUGAGGGAGCGAUGAACAGCAGCGGUGCCGUGCCCAGGAAUCAUGUGGUGAUCUAACCCCCCAAUUCCAACCCCUGAUUCUGAGUGCCAAGCAGGGAGGCAAUGGGUCCCAGUUUUAUAGGCUUUGGUAUGACCCGGCCAGGGAUCGAGUCCACGACAUCCCAGUCACAGGGCGGACACUCUACCACUAGGCCACUGAGCUGGGGUAUUUCCCACCCCAGCCCGCUAGGUGGCUGUACCUACACUAGUUGCCAACGGUUGCCAACUGCUAGUAACAGAAGAAGAAGAGGAAAAACUUUGAGACAACAAAUUGGAUUUCACGGCUCUGUGUGUGAAACACGGACUGAGGUUUGAGAAGAUGCGAAAUGUCGGAGGAGAAUGACCUCACCUGUGUGGAUAUCCUACAUCUCGUAAACACAGAGAGAAACAGCCUCGGAGGAUAAAAGUGGAGCAAAUGGACGGACGCACAGAGAAGCAGGAGCCGGGGGAUGCUGCUGCUGCUGCUGCUGCCGCCGCUGCCGCUGCUGCCAUCGUCGUUGGGAACGAAGCGGAGAGCAAGCAAGUGCAGGAGGAAAAGUCCGGUGUGACCGGCCGGAAUUACCUGGACACCUGCCCCGUUUGCCACCUGAACUUUCACAGCCGAGAGCCCAAACUUCUGCCGUGUCUGCACUCUUUCUGCAAGAAAUGCUUACCUUCACCAUCCAGGAAUCUGGCCAUGGCAGAGCCGCCAAACUCCCAGGUUGAGAGCGCGAGCAAACCACUGAAUGUGAUCCGCUGUCCGGUGUGCAGGCAGGAGUGCAUGGAGGUAGAUGUGAUGGAGAAUGCCUUUGUGAAGGACUCAGUUGAAGCUCCCAGCAGCACAGUGGAGAGGACGGUGCAGCUCUGUAUGACCUGUGAUGACAACACUGAAGCCGCCGGCUUUUGUGUGGACUGUGUCGAGUACCUCUGUGUCACCUGUGUGGAGGCCCACCAAAGAGUCAAAUUUACCAAAGACCACACCAUCAGACAGAAGGCCGAAGUAUCACAAGAGGUCCAUGGUGUGUCGGCUCAGAGGCCGAUGUUCUGUGACAUCCACAAACAAGAGCCGCUGAAGCUGUUCUGUGAGACCUGUGACCUGCUAACCUGCCGCGACUGCCAGCUAGUGAAGCACAAGGACCACAACUACCAGUUCCUUGAAGAUGCUUAUAGAAACCACAAACAGCACAUGGAGAGCAUGACCCAUCAGCUGCAGGAGAAACAGAAACUGAUCGAAGAGGUGUCUAACUCCAUAAACAGUGGACUUGUUCAGGUUGAUCAGAACCGCACGUCUGUUCAUAAUGAAAUAAAGAAAUCCAUCUGCAGUUUGAUCCUGGAGAUAAACAAGAAGGGCAAGAUGCUAGUUAAUCAACUAGAGGCUGUAACAAAGGAUCACGAGACUGUCCUGCGAAAACAACAGGAGGACAUCGGCUAUCUAUCCAGACACCUGGAUCAUGUCAUCAACUUCACCAAAUGGGCCACAGCCAGGAAUGGGGGCACGGCCCUCUUGUACUGUAAACGUUUGAUUCUGUUUCAGAUUGGAAACCUCCUGAGGGCAAAAUGUAGUACCUCGUUCAUACCACAGAGCACUGUACGCUUCCAGAGUCGAUCCUCUUACUGGGCCUCAAAUGUUGAUCUGGGCUCUUUAGUGGUGGAGAGUGUACCAGGCCACCAGCUGGGCGGUUUUCAGGGUAUCCCUCAUCAGCUCUCCCACCCUGGGCAGGGCCCCUCAGGCUCACCCCACAGCUUUGCCCUGGGAGCACCCCAUAGUACUCUGGCUCAGCUCCAGAUGCAGGUGGACAAGCUCAACCCGCAGGCCAACUGGCAGCCCCAACCACCUCCUCCACCCUGGACGUGGUACCAGAGCGUCCGGCUACAGCGAACCAUUCCAGGGCCUCUGCAAGGAGGCUCUCCCUCCCACACUAUGCUUCCCCAACCAGGCCGCAGGUUUAUGGUGCCUCCUGCCAACCACGUCAGCCCAACUAGCAGCCUACCGAGCCCUGGGUUUACGCCCCAGGUGGCGUCGACCCACGCAGCCAGUGACAGGCCUCUGAGGGGGAUGGGAAGCAGCUCCAGCUACCAACCCAAACCUGUGGACGUGUUUUCCUCCUCACCUCUGUACACCCAGAUAACACCACUGCCCAUCAAUGGCGGCGUCAGUUCACCUCAAUCACGACAGACGAUUGAACCUACGUAUCUGACUAGGAGGAGUGACUCAGGUGGUCCCAUCUAUAUACUGAAACCUAACUAUCCCCAGAGCCUGCCACCUUCUUUGCUACACAGAAAUGUGCAAGGACAGCAGAACUCACUAGGGUACACUGCUGUAUCCCAGGAGGAGAAACCAGGGACUGUGACAUGGAAACCUCCAGAAACACACCAGGCGAGCGGAGCAGUGGGCUCAGCUGUGAAAAAAAGACGAAGAUCGUCACCAGGGCCCAUCAUUGUCAUCAAAGACGAGCCAGAUGAUGACGGCAGCUACGUACAAGCCAACCAAAGAGCCAGCCUCCCCGACAGCACAGGUGACCAACCCCAAAUCAGUGCCCAUGGUGAGGGGAACAAAGUCUCUACCCCUCUUCAAAGCACAAACGACAAACCCCAUAGCCCCUCACAGCCUCCGAGCAGCCCACAGGACCAGAGUAAGACUAAUGCUGCAAAUGGCAUCCGUUCACUGGGAGGAGAGCAGCAGGUAGAGCAGCACCGAGCUCCACUGGAAGACUCUAAUGAAGCCUUGUGUGCUGUGUGUCAAACCGGGGGAGAGCUGCUGUGCUGCGAUAAGUGUCCCAAGGUUUUUCACCUUUCGUGCCAUGUUCCCACUCUCCUCAAAUCUCUCAGUGGGGAAUGGUUUUGCUCUUUCUGCCGUGACCUGUUAGUGCCUGAGAUGGAGUACGACUGUGAAAGCAAACCUGAAGCCAAAGCAGUAAAGAAGGAGCCAGGAUCUGAAGGAGGAUUUCCCCCUGUGGACAAACGAAAGUGUGAGAGGCUGUUGCUGCACUUGUUUUGCAACGAGCUGAGUUCAGACUUUCAAGGGCCUGCAUCCCCCUCGGUAUGUGCAAAUAACAUGCUGACUGUAAAGGGACCGGUGAAUCUUUCCGCUGUGAAGAAACGACUGGAGGCGAAGCAGAGUGUGUGCUAUCAGAGCCCUGCAGAGUUUGUAUCAGACAUCAGGCUCGUCUUGGGAAGCCAUGCAGUCCUCAGUGAGGCUGACACAGAGGCCGCCAUGGCAGGCAGGAAGCUCAAAGAGCUGUUUGAGGAGCACCUGAGGAUCACCUUCCCUGACCAGACCUUUCCAGAAAUCAAACUGGAGAUGAUACCUACAACCCUGUCUGACUCUCUCCUCUCACCUCUUGACAAUAUUUCCCAGCCUGCAAAGCGUCAGCGCACAUGUUCAGACUCCCAGGAUACAUCGAGAUGUCCCAGUGGAGAGGAGGGAGUAGUAUGAAAGCACAAAUGAAUCGCUUGACAACACUGCCAGCACCAGCUUAUAUGUGGUGUGUUACAUGUAAUUACAAACAUUUAAGACACACAGUCACCUUCAGGUCACCAAAAAUGUUUUAUAAUUAUUGAUUAAAUGUACAGCAAGCAACGAACGAUGAUGCAGGGCAACAAAUUAGCUCUAUUUUCUGGACUGAACUGCGAAACAGCUGUUGCAUUUGUUUUGACUCUGAACAAGCUUGAAGAUUCCGACUACAGUUCCUGCAAGAAUACACACAUGCAGCACAUUUGGGUGUUUACAGGGUACAAGUUGUCAGUUCGCUGUCACUAACUGAUACGUCUGCUCUCAGUAGAUACAUUCAUUGACACUGAGCUAUAGACGCUGUCAUCAGGUCCGCUGUGUUUUUCCUGUUUAGCGCUCCAUGUGUAAAUAUAGAAGUUAUCAGAGGAAGGGUGAUAAUCAUCCGCUUUGAUGUUUGUGGUCUAUCUUAUGCGGAAUAAGAUGUGUUUCAGGGCCCCUCGAGGCCAGUGAAAUGAAAAACAUCAAAGCAGUCAAAGCUGUUUGAUAAAACCCAAGACUGUUUAAGAUGUUACACUGUCACACAUCAUUACACAAUAUUUCUGCCUGAGCUCAUUUGUCAGGCUUUUAUAGUGCAGAGCUGCAGAUCUGAUGUUGUAAAGCUAAAUGUUAUGUCCAAUUUUAUUUAUUUGUGUUUAUUUAAUAAAAGACUUUAGGAUUUUAUUGUGAAGAGUUAAGCACACUGCAAAGUGAGACUCUGUUUUUACUGAGAUCACUUUAGUUGAGGAACAUUUUCUCCACACACUCAGCAUUGUGAGCUGUUUUCUUAAAACAUCCAAGAGCCAGGACAUUCAGCCAUAAACCUACUCGCAUGCAAGUCAGCUUGCAGGUGUUUACAGGGUAAAAUAAAACAUGAUAGCUCACAUCUGAGUUAUGAUUCUGGGAAAUGAUUAAUGUUAUAAACCUCCUUCACCCUAUAAAUGCAUGUUAAUGGAGUCUAUUAAUGUCCCACUGGAAGAAAUGUUUUACUCCCCUCUUUACAACGUUAGAGCUAAGCAAAGCCACUUUCUCCUUUAACAAGUGUCUACAGUUGUGUUGACUAACACUGAACGAGUCCUUUGGGCCCCACGGGGCAGGCCUCUGACUGCCUGGCUGUGUUAGUGGCCCUCUGCUGAUUGACACAGACGUGGCAAGACAAGCUUUGUGGAGCUUCAAAGGAACUGUACCGCACCCCCACAACAAGAUUAACACUGUUUGAAUGCGACCUCGACCACUCCAAUUUCCUCCACCUCAGGAGCUGGGAGGUCAGCUCACGCUGCUGUUUCUUGUUAAAGCCUAAAUAUAGAUCGGAGGUGGAGUGAAGGUCUGGUUGUUUCUGGAAAGCAGGCAUGAGAAGUUGCCCUCAGAUGUUCACUGUGCUCCAGGCAGCUAGGUAUAUAAUCCAACGCUGAUCUGACUCUCAUUGUGGCCGUUCUUUAUUCGUUGUACGGCUUCUAAAGGCUUAUUAUCUCUUUCCUACAUUACGCUGAGGCAAAGAUAAGAUUAGAGAAAGCAGUAAAGGGGGCUCUUUGUUGUGAUAAGUGUAACAUCACAGAGUGCAGGGGUUGCCACAUCCUUGACUGAUAAAUGUCUGCAGGAACCAUAUCUUUGCUGCCAUAGCAACAGUCUACUUCUAACCUAGAGGUCUCACUGCACAGUUUAAACAUGCUUCCAGGACUAUGAAAGUGUUUCUGCAUGAUUUACUUCAUAUAAUACAAUAUUUAAGAUCAUUUUUCAAGGUAUGCUGUCGUGUUUUUGAUUUGAAAAUGGUGUUUUUGUACCAAGUCUGACUCACGGCCCUUACCUGCACGUCA